AUGUUCGAUUAUGCGAAACUAUGCCUCAACUGCCUAUGUCCGCACAAGUUCAGGGAUUGUCGUUCUACCACUCUUUGCACCUUCUGCCAACAAAAGCAUCAUACUCUGAUGCAUAGAAAUUCAAGUUCUUCUCAAUCUCAAGAAAGAGGUGUUGACCCAGAAAACACCACCAAAGCUGACAAGGCUUCUAAUGCUAAAGUCAUUUUAAAUACUAGUUCUGCUUGUUGCUCUAAUACUGUGUUAUUGGCUACUGCGAGAAUCCAAAUCGUCUCUCCGUCGGAUUUAAAGCCUCAAAAAACUAGCGCUGUUUUGACGGGACUAGGAGGAUUAGUCAAAGCAAAUGCUAUCCAAUUGGUUACGUUCAAAAUUAAGCCGCACUUUAAGUCCAAAUUCUCUUUGGAAACUAGCGCUCUUGUCAUAAACAGAGUGUCCUCUUACCUUCCGCCUGCCAUUACUCAAAGAGUGCAAUGGGAUUAUUUUAAAGGCCUUCAAUUAGCAGAUCCGUACUUCUUGAACAAAGAUCCCGUUGAUCUCCUUCUUGAUGUUGUGACUUACGCGACUAUUAUUGAGGGACCCAUAAUAAAGAAAGGUCCUGACUACCCCACUGCUGUAAAAUCAUCAAUCGGUUGGCUCCAAUCAGGUGCUGUAAGUUCUCUUAGCACGGUCCAAAAUCAAGUCGUAUCUCUCAAUAUUUGUCAGGAAGAUAAUGUUAGCGAUUUGUUGCAGAAGUUCUGGCAGUUGGAAGAGCCUCUGAGCUGCGGUUUCAAGUUACAAAAAUGGUCAAGCAACUCCAAAGAAAUAUUAGCCGAGAUCUCUGAAGAAUUUUAUUCUUCCAAUCCGCUCAAACUGCAAGAUGACCAUGAGGUUACAUCAGUUUUGGGUCUUAACUGGAACUCCGAUCUCGAUAGUUUCAGUUUUAAGGUCAACUUACCAUCUUCUGAUCCAAUUUGGACCAAAUGCAGUCCCGUUGACCUAAUAAUAGAAAUCCACGGCUUUGCUGAUGCUUCUAAACGAGCUUAUGCUGCUGUUCUAUAUCUUCGUCCACUUACAACAGACAUGGUUUUUACUUCAUUAGAAAUAUAUAAAACCAAGGUGGCACCACUAAAGACGCUCAGCAUUCCUCGUCUCGAGCUGUGUGGUGCUCACUUACUUUCGAAGCUAGUGAAUCAUCAUGUCUCAACUACAAAGGUUCAGGCUUUGGCUAUUCAUCUAUACACUGACCCUAUGGACACUUUGUGUUGGAUAAAGUCAAUUCCAUCUAAGUGGCCUACCUUCAAUGCUAUUAGGUGUUUUGAAAUUCAAACCUUGACUCCUACAGCCUAUUGGCAUCAUGUCAAAACUAAAGAGAAUCCGGCAGAUCUCGCCUCUCGCGGGGUUCUGCCCAAGCAACUUAUUGGUCAGAAACUUUGGUUUGAAGGGCCCGAUUUUUUGAGGAGUCGUGAAAUCGUUUUUUCCGACAUUUCACCUAAAAAUUCUUCUGAAGGUGAAGACACUGUUCUAAAAGAAAUGCUUUCUGUAAAUGCAUUAGAAUACCAAGAUAAGUUGUUACCAGACACUUAUUCCGCUUACAGUAGUUGGCAUAAAUUAUUCAAGGUUUCAUUAAACAGAAACAGCAGCGUCGCCAAGCUGAAUCCUGUUCUUGUCAAUGGAGUGAUUAGAGUAGGCGGAAGACUUAGAAAGGCUUCCAUUCCUAGCCAAACUGAGCACCCUUUAAUUCUUGCUCCCAAAGAUUAUCUGACCGACUUGAUAAUUAAUUAUCAUCAUAACUUAGUUUUACAUGGUGGCACUCUUCUUAAUUCGCCAAGCCAACUGGAUUGUGCGAGGGCGUCAAGUAGUUCAAUACUGGAGUGUCCAGCGUUUACUAAAACGGGUGUGGAUUACGCGGGUCCCUACACUAUCCGAUUGACUAAAUUGAGAGGAAAGGGAACUCAGAAAGGGUACAUUUGUAUUUUUAUUUGUUUGGUCACUCGAUCAGUGCACUUGGAAGUGGUGAAAGACUUCUCUUCAGAGGCCUGUCUUGCUGCUUUCAGUCGGUUUACAUCCAGGCGAGGGUACUGCUCGCACUUAUACAGUGAUAGGGGUACCAAUUUUGUAGGUGCAUCUUCCGAAUUAAAAGAGACGCUCUGCCAGUUUUUAAGGUCAUGCAACCUCAGCAAUAAAUUGCUAAAAGCUGGAACCAAUUGGCAUUUCAACCCACCUUCUGCGCCCUACUUCGGUGGUUUGUGGGAAUUCGCUGUUAAAUCAGCUAAACGGUUGUUAAAACAAGUUAUUGGCGGCCAGGUGCUCACCUCCGUAGAAUUUUCCACUCUCUUAUGCAAAAUAGAGGCGUGUUUGAAUUCUUGCCUCCUAGUUCCACAAUCAGAUGACCCUUUUGAUUUAGAGUUUUACAAGAGAUGGGCUAACGAGAAUCUUGUGUCAUUACAAGUUCGACAAAAGUGGAUUUUUAAACAAAGAGCAGUUCAAGUCAAUGAUCUAGUACUGAUUCUCCAAGAGAAUACUCCAACUUCUCAUUGGCCUUUAGGCCAGGUGACUCAGGUACUCGCAGGAUCAAAUGAAUCUGUUAGAGUUGUUAAAGUCCGUACCACUACCUCUACUCUCACUCGACCAGUGGUCAAGCUCGCGCAAGUUCUACCGGCCGAGGAGUUUGAUGUUCAUAGUUAG